AUGUCGAUUCUAAGGUACAGCCUUAUCUUGGUUGCCGCCUCGGCCUUCCAAGUGAAUGCUCUCAAGGCCGCAUUCCGCGAUGCUGAGCCUAAGUACCCCUCCGACCCCAAUACGACCCCUUACUGCUCGUGGUGGUAUGACAAUGAAGGAACUCAAGCCUGCGCUCGGGUCCUAAGCGACAAUUUCAUCACUCUGGAGGAUUUUAGGCGAUGGAACCCCUCCAUCGGAGCCUCUUGCUCAGGGUUUGAGGCAGAGCACUCAUACUGCAUCGAGGCUUGGGGAGAGCCGGAACCAGAGCCUCAGCCUGGGACUACAACAGUCACAUCAACUACACUUGCCACCAGCACAACGAAGCCCAUCACCACUACUACCACCACCCUUACCGGCAACGGGAUCUCAACCCCCUUGCCCACCCAGCCAAGCAUGGUGGACAACUGCAACAAGUUUUACUUUGUAGAGGAAGGAACAGGCUGUAGCCAAGUGCUAAGUGCCAACGGAAUCACAAUCGCCGAUCUCUUCAAGUGGAAUCCUUCUGUGAAGAGUGAUUGCUCCGGGAUGUGGGCUCUGGUCAACGUCUGCGUCGGCGUCAUUGGCGGCGGCGGCGGCGCAGUCACAACCACGGCUAAGCCAACUACAACCACGACCGCCGGCAACGGUAUCGUCACUCCUCAACCAACUCAGCCAAGCAUGGUUUCCAACUGCAACAAGUUCUACUUUGUGGCUUCUGGCACCAGCUGUAGUCAGGUCCUCACUACAAAUGGGAUUUCCCUUGCCGAUCUCUUCAAGUGGAACCCAUCUGUGAACAGUGAUUGCUCCGGCAUGUGGGCUCAAGUCAAUGUCUGUGUGGGUGUCAUGGGAGGCUCACCGACAACGACGAAGCCAACUACAACUACUUCUGCUGGCAAUGGUAUACAGACGCCCCAACCGACCCAACCCGGCAUGGUCACAAACUGCAAGAAAUUCCACUACGUAUCCGAGGGAAACACCUGCGAUCAAAUUAUUAGCUACAAUAAGAUCACCCUCGCCGACUUUGUCAAGUGGAACACCGGUGUUGGUUCAGAUUGUAGGAGCAUGUGGGCAAAGACUUAUGUCUGCGUUGGUGUUUAG